CUACCUGAUGAGAUACAAGGGGAUAGGUGUGAAUAAAGGGGGUGCAGAGGGUCUGACAGUAUAGCCUUUGCCCAUUUUGUACAGGAAUUUAUAUGCCUCUCGACUAUAGUAUUGGCGAGCUCAUUCAGUGGCAGACCACAAGCCCUACAUUUUGCAUCUAUUUACUCGUAUAAAAAGAAUAAUGAAAUGACUACAAAAGUACUUCCAGAAAUUACGUUCGAAGGGAGCUUUCAUACACUCUAUUCUUAAUUUCCUGAUAACAGAAUAAACAAGAAAGCUGUGGAACGUUAUUCAUCAGUAUCAGCUCUAAGUCAUUUAUCUCAACGUUUAUGGUCGAUGUACUACGUGAAUUGACGUCUCACACAAACCAACAAAAUCACUUCACUCAGCUGACUCUGUGUCAACCAAAAGACUCAACAACGAAAGAAGAUAAAGCCAACAUCAUCUACAAAAUAGAUUGUAACAACUGCGAAAAAUACGACAUUGGCCAAAGUGGACAUCCCCUUCGUCUUCGUAUACAUGAUCAUAAACUAGCCGUCAAAAGACAUGACAUUCACUCCCUUGUGUCGCCUCAGUGCAUACAGACAAUCACGGACAACGUUCAAAAUAUUAAACAAAGGAAACACCAAGAAUGCUAGAGAAUUUUUAGA